AUGAAAUUUUUCAUUGAUGACCUUCCUGUCCUUUUCCCGUAUCCUCGUAUAUACCCCGAACAAUAUGCCUACAUGUGCGACCUCAAGAAGACCCUCGAUGCCGGGGGUCACUGUGUCCUGGAAAUGCCCUCGGGCACCGGGAAAACAGUUUCUUUGUUGUCCUUGAUUGUCGCCUAUCAGAUGCAUUAUCCAGAGCAUAGAAAGCUUAUCUACUGCUCUCGAACCAUGUCGGAAAUCGAGAAAGCUUUGGCAGAGCUAAAGGCGCUAAUGAAAUUUCGCACUCAACAACUCGGGUACACUGAGGACUUUCGUGCUUUGGGGCUUACUAGUCGAAAGAACUUGUGUCUGCAUCCGUCUGUCAAAAGGGAGAAAAGUGGCACAAUCGUUGAUGCCAGGUGCAGGAGCUUAACGGCUGGCUUUGUCAAAGAAAAAAAAGAAAGAGGCGAAGACGUUGAGCUCUGUGUCUACCAUGAGAACCUUGACCUCCUCGAACCGCACAACCUUGUACCUCCAGGCGUUUUCACCCUCGACGGACUACUCAAAUACGGCGAAGACCACAAACAAUGUCCCUAUUUCUCUGCACGGCGGAUGAUGCCAUUCUGCAACGUCAUAAUAUACUCCUAUCACUAUCUUCUCGAUCCCAAAAUUGCAGAGCGAGUAUCUCGGGAAUUCUCGAAAGACUGUAUAGUGGUCUUCGACGAGGCACAUAACAUCGAUAACGUCUGCAUCGAAUCACUUAGUAUCGAUAUAACGGAGGAUUCGCUGCGGAAAGCCACCAGGGGAGCAAAUAACUUGGAACGGAGGAUUAAUGAGAUGAAGAGUUCGGAUGCGGAGAAACUACAAAGUGAAUAUUCCAAGCUCGUUGAGGGUCUGCGUGAAGCAGAGCAAGCCAGGGAAGAGGAUCAGUUUAUCUCAAAUCCUGUCCUCCCUGCCGAUCUGCUCAAGGAAGCCGUACCGGGCAAUAUACGCCGAGCGGAGCACUUCAUCUCCUUCCUAAAAAGAUUCAUCGAAUACCUUAAGACUCGAAUGAAAGUCACUCAUACCAUCUCCGAAACACCUCCCUCGUUCUUAACUCAUGUUAAAGACUUGACCUAUAUCGAGCGAAAACCUUUGCGAUUCUGCGCCGAGCGGCUAACGUCCCUGGUGCGGACGUUGGAGCUCAUCAACAUAGAAGACUAUCAACCGCUACAGGAAGUGGCGACAUUUGCGACGUUGGUCUCGACAUAUGACAAAGGGUUUCUCCUAAUUCUAGAACCUUUUGAAUCAGAGGCAGCGACAGUUCCGAACCCUGUGUUGCAUUUUACCUGCUUGGACGCCGCUAUCGCUAUCAAGCCUGUGUUCGAACGAUUCAGUUCCGUCAUUAUCACUUCCGGAACUCUAUCACCUCUUGAGAUGUAUCCCAAGAUGCUCGGAUUCACAACUGUCAUGCAAGAGUCAUACAGCAUGACACUCGCACGACGUUCUUUCUUACCCAUGGUCGUUACUCGUGGCUCAGAUCAAGCACAAAUUUCCUCCUCAUUCCAGAUACGUAAUGACCCGGGUGUGGUACGUAAUUACGGGAACAUUGUCCUAGAAUUCUCGCGAAUUACACCAGAUGGUAUCGUCGUUUUCUUCCCUUCAUACUUGUAUAUGGAGUCCAUCAUCAGUAUGUGGCAAGGCAUGGGCAUCUUGGAUUCUAUAUGGAACUACAAGUUGAUUCUUGUCGAGACACCGGAUGCGCAGGAGUCUUCAUUGGCGCUGGAGACAUAUCGAACAGCUUGCUGCAAUGGAAGGGGAGCCAUCUUAAUGUGCGUCGCCCGAGGAAAGGUCUCCGAAGGUAUUGAUUUUGACCAUCACUAUGGCCGUGCCGUGAUAUGCAUUGGUGUGCCAUUCCAAUACACCGAAUCAAGGAUAUUAAAAGCGCGCCUUGAAUUUCUUCGAGAAAAUUACCGCAUUCGAGAGAACGACUUCUUAUCUUUCGACGCAAUGAGACAUGCUGCACAGUGUCUCGGUCGGGUCCUUCGUGGCAAGGAUGACUAUGGGGUCAUGGUUCUCGCUGAUAAGCGAUUCCAGAAGAAACGAACCCAACUCCCCAAGUGGAUCAGUCAGGCCAUGCUUGAAAGUGAGACUAACCUCAGUACUGAUAUGGCCGUGGCCACCGCGAAAAACUUCCUACGCGGCAUGGCUCAGCCUUUCAAAGCCAAAGACCAGGACGGUAUCUCGACAUGGAGCCUGGCAGAUUUAGAGCGACAUCGAGAGAAGCAGAUGCUGGAGGAAGAGAGAGCACAACGAGAAGAACUGGCUCGUAGACAUGGCGCAAACGGUACUGCCAAUGGUGCUGUCGUCGCCGAGGAUGAAUUUGACGACGACAUUGACGACACCCUCAUGAUGCUGGAUGCACAGUGA